AUGCACAGCUUGAAGAAAAUCUGUCUCCUUCAGUUUCUUCUCCUCUUUCUGAACAUUCUCUUUCCAAAAUCAAUAUCUCAAGAAACCACAGAGAGGUAUAUUGAUAGUAUAAGGAACAUACACUCAUGCUCAGAACAAAAUUCCUCAAUUUGUUAUGAUAAUAUUCCAUUUCAUGUGCCGAAUCCUUGCGACGAGUGUAAGAAGCCUGAUGGACAUUGUGGAGCUGGGUUAAGAUGCAUUUGCCAUCCAAAAGAGUGCAAGGUUAAGGUGAUUUCAGUUGGUGCAGUUCUGAAGCCCUGCUGUCACAUAGUUUUUUCUCCACUUAUUUUCCUCAUUUUGAAGGACUAUAUGCUGGCCUUUUGA